AGGCAGAGGGAGAGGUUGGCUGGAGGAUGGAUCGAGCAGGAAGGAGGGGUUAAGAUAGCAAAGUGCUGAGCCAGUGGCUUUUGUCCCACAGAGCAGCUGGCUGGCAUCAGCACGGGACAGGCCGCUCGGAGAGAGGAGCAGGAUACGUCUGAGGACGGCUCUCAUCCGCUCGCCGAGGGACGCUGAGGUCGACUUCCAGGGGGUGUUCAUGGGAUGCACUAUCUACGCAGCCAGCCCUAAGGCCCUGCCCGCCGACGAGGCCCCCGGCCUGGACAGAUACCACCAGCUGCCCCACUCCUCCCGCCAGCCCCAUGGUACCUGCAGCCAGAGGAUAGCAGCCGGCAGAGCCAGGGCCAGGAGCAUGACUGAGCAGCAGGAGCCGAGCGAAGAAACGGGCCUGCUCUCGACUCAGGACCUGGACCCCUGCAAGGACGACGACGCACACGGACACUUCAGGUUCCAGCUGAUCGAGGACCUGUCCUAUGAGGAUGUGAAGAAGUGUUACAGGGGCUCGUGUGUGUCUUGCAGCAGCCUGCUCCAGGCCUUGGAUGUGCGCGAGUGUGUGUGUGUGUACGGCGCCAACGUGCUGAGCCUGGUGCAGAGCUCGCGUCCGUUGAGGGAGAGGGUGGUGUCGGCGGCGAGCGGCGUGGGAGUGGCCGGUGGCGGCGGCGGCGGCGGCGGAGUGGCCGGCGGUGCUGGUGCUGGCGCCGUGCAGGCAGGCCGGUCCGCCAAGGAGCUGCUCAUGACUCUGCCCUGUCCCUCUGCACAGACUGUCAGCAAGUACAACUCGCAGUACCACAAACUGUUCCAGUGUGUGCCCAAGGAUGAGAUACUCAUGAAAGUGUACUCCUGUGCUCUUCUCAGAGAUAUCCUUCUGCAGGGCCGGCUCUAUAUUUCCAGAAACUGGCUAUGCUUCUAUGCCAACCUCUUCGGCAAAGACAUCAAGGUGGCAAUCCCCGUGGCUUCUGUGAGGCUGGUGAAGAAGCACAAAACCGCGGGCCUCGUGCCCAACGGCUUGGCUAUCACCACAGACACCGGCCAGAAGUAUGUAUUUGUAUCUUUGCUAUCGAGAGACAGCGUGUACGAUGUGCUUCGCAGGAUCUGCACACACCUACAGGUCAACGGGAAGAGUCUGAGCCUGAAGCAGUUCAUGGAGGAGCCGACUUUGUCGCUGGACGAGUUCCCAGCGACAGACGAGUUCCCGGUGGUUAACGAAUUCCCAUCAGUGUUAAAGUGGAGAAGGAAACCCUCGGUGGUGUCCGUGUCCUCCUCCCUUCCUGACCUCCUGGGAAACUCCACCAGCAGCCUGAGCGCCGCGGACACACCCUUCAAACCGGAGCAGCUGCAGGAAGAGCGAGCGCUGCAGACCGACAGAGGUCUUCUGUCGGAGCCGGUGGCAGAGCUGGGCCAGAUGGAGUACCAGCUGCUCAAGUUCUUCACCCUGCUAAUAAUUCUCCUCAUCCUGUCUUCGUGCUACUUGGCCUUUCGGGUGUGCAGCCUGGAGCAGCAGCUGUCCUUCCUCGGUAACCCAAACCUGCCCCUGAGGGAGAGGUAACACGGCAUCAGAUACACCCUCACUGCUCUAUGAUGUAACCACUGCUCUCCGCUGUGACCCUCUGGAUUUGCUGCUCUUUAACUCUUCCCAUGCUCGGAGUUGUUGACGCCGUCCUGCACAGAUCCAGGACCAGCCCCCCCCACCGGCAACAUCUGUCCGACUCCGGGCACCUGACGGACCUUCCCACCGCGCCGACUGACUUUCAUUCAGUGAUCACUUCCAGACUAUGCAAAACGGACUAUGUCUUAUUUAUUUUUGAUUAUAAAGUAGGUUUUUACUUUAGAUAUGGACUGUCUGCCAUGGCCCGUCCCUCCCACAGACCUCUCAUCCUCAUCCUUAGGAUUCCUCCAGGGUAAAGAGAUCCUGACGUAGGGACAGUGCAGCGGUGCAGAGGCAGUGACGGGGGGGCGAGAGGGGAGGAUGGUAAGAGAUAAUUCAACACAUUAAUUACUUGAAAAGGAAAAGUCGCGUCUCAUCACUUAUUAUGCGACGUAAUCUGACGAGUGGACUUAAAUCAAAAGUUUCUCUUUCUGGUGGGAUCUUGCCUUCGCCCUCAGUAGGGAGGCAACAAAAAAACAAACGACUAGCUGCGAUGAUGCACUUUUUAAAAAUAUGUCCACGUUAUUUCAAAUGUAUGUAACUCUAUUAAGCAUUUAGAUCUAUUUUCUGCUCGUUAAUAGGUACUCAGAUGUCAUGUUUUUAAAGUAUUUAUGGAAGGAAGUCAAGUCCUGACAAUGACACCGCCUGUGGGUGUUAACUGUAAAGUGAAUGAGAUGGUUUGGACGACUUGCAACAUUUUUUGUUUUUAGUUGUGCUAAUCUGCUGUAUGGACGGAGUGCACGGGGUGUUUGUUGUUUUAUACAUUUCAAAUGAAGUCGCCGAAGACUCAAGAGUGUUGCAGCGAGGACCGGAGUGUUCAGGAUGUGAUAUCGACAUACUGAUAUCACGAAGAUUGGGAGAAACGUAGUUCUAGACUAGUUGUGCGGAAAUCUCUGUGAAUUAAAUUGGCAACAAAAUGUAGACGAGAAAAAAA